UCAUCAUCAUCAUCCUAAAAUAAUUCCAUUUUUUUAAACAAUAACCAUAAAUAUUAUAAGGAGCUCCAACUACAACAACCAACGACAAUGGACUAUAUAGAUGUUGAUCAAGUGUUAGUGGUUCCGGAUACGCCCGAUAGGUUAUUAAGACCGCCAGUUUUACGUAAUUGUGACCGAUUUAGAAUUAGGACGAAGAGUGAUGAUGCCGUUAUUAAUCGUGAAAAUAAUCGUAUAGCGAGUAAGGAUUAUAGUUGUGAAACGAUAAGAAGUCAGGAAAGGGAAAAAGAAAAUCUGAAUACACGGAAACAAAGAUUGUUCGUUCGUCCUGAUAGUUGCGGAAAAUCUGUGGUUUUUAGUACUUCUAACAAUGUUGGACAGAGUAUAGAUGAUGUUAGAAAUGAUCAAGGAAAAGAUUUGUGUGUUUCUGACGUUGGUCAGUCAAUACGUCGAUUAGGUCAUAGGUUGACUGAGAAAAACGUGCAUAGGCGUUCUGGUGUUAGUAGAGAGAAUGGCGAUAGAAAAGGUGUAGUACAGUUUAAUGGUUUUCCGAAGAUAGCUUCUGGAUCAUAUGAACUAAAUAGUAUUGAUAGAGUUCCGGGUGUUGACCGUGGAAAAGGGGUUGGAUUUAUUCAUGUAGCUCGCCGUAGUGACGAAAGUAAGGCAUCUACGAGUUUGGAAUCGUGUACAACGUCUAAAGUUCCUCAGAAGAGAAUGUUGGUGCGGAAUGGAUGUAUAUCUCCAUGUAAUGUGGCAAAAAUGAAAACUGUAGCAGCAAAGCGUGUUGUUGUUGACUUGGAAGAAGAAAAACGGAAUGAUUCUGGUGCACCUGCAUCUGAAAGUCGAUCCAAUAGUAUAGUAAAAGCUAAUGACAUACCAGUAAUGCGUGAAAUUCAUAGAUUGGUAAGAGAAAAACGGAGUGAUUCUGGUGCACUAGCGUCUGGUAGUCAAUCCAGUGUGGUUGAUAUUAAGGAUCUGGUAGCUGAAGCCAUAUAUUCAAGUAGAUACAAGGGAAAAGGAGUAUCUCAUCAUCCUUCAUCUCAAGAGCCCGCUGCAGAAAGCUCCCGUUUAUCUCAUAGGAGGCUUGUUUUUAAAAUACCAGCUGAUAAAAGCAGUGAUUCUAGUGUAGAUACCCCUAGAUGCUCUGCUGAAACACAGACAUUGAGAACCCUACACAAUAAAAGAAAGCAAAGAGAUGAUGGACAACAGAAGAUUAUGCAAACAGAUCAUAGAAUUGGAAGAGAUAUUGAACAUCGUGAUGAUGGUGUGCCUCAAUUACUGUCUCCUGAUGCAAAUAAUCUAAGGAUUAAUAGACAGAGGAAGGAUUCUGCAUCUAGAAAUUCCGGCAAACGCCCUAUAUCAUGUAUCGUUGACACUGCUGCAGAACCUUCAAGUUCAAGAUCAAAAAGGAACAAGAACCUUAGUGCCACAAGUACUUCAAAUCCUGUGUCAGUGCCCAGCGCUGAUUCAAGUAUCAGAUCCUUACAGAUUGAGGCAGAUGAGAUGUUAGCUAGAGAAUUGCAAGAGCAGUUAUAUGCUGAGGAACCGACACCUGCAGUUGCAAAUGCUGAGAGAUUGGGAAUGCCAGAAGCAUUGACGGCUAUUGCUGAAUUGAGAAUGUCUAGGAACCUCUUACAAGUCGGGCGUGAAUUUAAUGAGGAUGAUUAUGAAAUGUUGUUGUCUCUUGAUGAGGAUAAUCACCAACAUGGAGGUGCAACUCCUGCACAGAUUAAUAACUUGCCUGUGUCAGUGGUUCAGGUUGAAACUAGUCAGGAAUGUGCAAUUUGUCUUGAAAUCCCCAGUGUUGGUGAAACUAUUCGACUUCUUCCUUGUCUUCAUAGAUUUCACAAAGGAUGCAUUGAUCAAUGGCUGGGAAGGAAAACAUCAUGCCCUGUAUGCAAAUAUUCUAUCACUUAAUUAGCUGGGAUUUUCACUCAAGACUGAAGCUUAAUGUGAAGCCGUGAAGAAAUCUUAUUUUGACUCUAUGUUGAACAGAACUUUACAUAAAAACGAGUUAUUAAGGAAUCAGUUUAUAUGAA